CAUUUUCUUAUUAUUAUCUGGUAAGUGCAUUUUUUUAGGAUACAUAUUAUGAGCACCAGCUUUUAACUGGUAACUGCAUGUAUGUAAGUUUUUUCGUAUUUUCUUCGUUCAUUGUUUAUUUGUAUAUCAUUUCUUCGAAAAUGAAGACUUUUUUCCCUAAAUUAAGCCUUGUAAGGGACAUACCAAGAAUUUUUCCAAUCUUUAGUUCUCCAUAAAAAGUCAGAUAUCGACAUUUGACAGAUGAUGAUGGGUCAUCCAUGCAUAUGUUUAUCUAAAAUAAUAACUGGAAUGUAAUAUCUACUACUUGGACUUCUAAUUUAGUGGCCUGUGUUAGUAUUGCUGUUUUAUCAUUUCUCGAAUUCAAAUCCAGUGUUAUGCAUUUUGUUAACAAACCAAAAACAUCUUUGAUAGUCUCUUUUCUCUUAUAAAUAAAUUUUCAAGUUUUUUUUUUCUUAUAUUUGUAAACACAAUUUCAAGAUUCUAUUAUCUUUACUUUUAUAAAAAUUAAAUGCCAAGUUGACGGCAAAUUCAAGAUCGUCGUCUGGCUACAUUUGUUUUUUUUCAAAAUCAUUGUUGGUCUACCUAUUGUUUCAAGUUUGCCGGCUACUCCAUUAUAUAAGCUCUCUUAUCCCAUAGUAUUCAUCAAACCACUUUUAGAAAAAUUAGGGCAAAUAAUGGAGGAGAAGCCAAAGUUCAAGACUGUUCAAGAAGUGGUUGCAGCCAACGAAGGACUACCAGAAAGAUAUCUCCAACCACUUACCGGUGGCCAUGAAGAUCAACCUCUUAAUGGUCCAGUGCCUGAGAUGGAUAUUCCAUCCAUUGAUCUCAGUCUUCUACUCUCUUCUUCAGAAGAAGUUCGACAAGAGUUGAGUAAACUUCACUCGGCACUCUCUAAAUGGGGAGUUGUUCAGGUUAUGAAUCAUGGAAUUACAGAGGCCUUUCUCGACAAGAUAUACAAGCUAACAAAGCAGUUCUUUGCGCUUCCGACAGAAGAGAAGCAGAAGUACGCAAGAGAUAUUGGUAACGUCCAAGGAUAUGGAAGCGACAUGAUUCUUUCAGACGACCAAAUUCUCGACUGGAUCGACCGUUUGUUUCUCACUACUUACCCUGAAGAUCAGCAACAACUUAAAUUCUGGCCUGAAGUCCCAGACGGAUUCAGGGAAACAUUGCAUGAAUACACAAUGAAGCAACAUGCAGUGAUCGAGCAGUUCUUUAAAGGCAUGGCUAGAUCGUUGGACUUGGAAGAUAAUGUCUUUCUAGAGAUGCACGGAGAGAAUGCUAGGAUGGAUACAAGGUUCAACAUGUAUCCUCCAUGUCCAAGGCCGGACAUGGUUAUUGGGGCUAAACCGCACGGUGAUGGCUCAGCUUUUACUCUUCUCUUACCGGACAAAGAUGUGGAAGGGCUUCAGUUCUUGAAAGAUGGGAAAUGGUAUAAAGCUCCAAUAGUCCCUGACACAAUUCUGAUCAAUGUAGGAGAUCUAAUGGAGAUAAUGAGCAAUGGGAUAUACAAGAGCCCUGUUCAUAGAGUGGUGACUAACAGCGAGAAAGAAAGGAUAUCUGUGGCAACGUUUUGUGUUCCGAGUCCAGACAAAGAGAUUCAGCCUGUGGAGGGGCUUGUGUCUGAAGCAAGACCAAGAUUGUAUAAAACAGUUAAGAAGUAUGUGGAGCUCUAUUUCGAUUCUUAUCAACAAGGUAUAAGGCCUAUUCAAGCUGCUCUCAUCUAAAAGAAAAUUUCAAGUCUCUUCUGUUACUUCUAUUACUUGAAGAAAAAAACAAAAUAAUACCAUUAUCUGUUGCCAAUGAUGCUGCAUUGUACUGUAUUGCACUUCUUUGAGAUAAUAAAGAGUGAACAAAAUUCCAAAAAGACGGUGAUUCCAACGGGUGUAAUGUCACCAUUCAACUAGCAUUAUCAUGUUACAGAAAUUACGUUUUAGUCCUGUGCUUCUACCAUGGUCCAUUACUAAACUAUGGUUUUUAAAAGACAAUUUAAAAACAAUCAAUUAGGUAGGAUCAGAACUAUGGUUUUUAAAAGACAAUUUAAGAAAUAAUCAAUUAGGUAGGAUCAGAUGGAAUAAGCAACUUACAAACAAUCACAUGUGAAAGGUAUUUGAUGUGCAAUCUAUAUAUAAAAUAGUGAAAACAAAGUCUAGUUCCUUCAUUACAAUUCCUCACAACGAUUAUAAAGACUCGCCCAAACCAACAGAUACAAAUAAUUGACUAAAACAACAAUACUCUCCUCCCCUCUCUGGACAGGACAGCAUCGAACACAUUUCUAUGACAAAAGCAAAUGCAAAACAAAUAACCCCUGCGAGUUGCCAUAACUACAGGGAUGCAAAGAAUGAAAUAAACUUUGGCCUUUCCACAAAUACAAAGGCCAGAGACUGAGUACCAAAGCAAGA